AUGGCUGAGCAGUCCGGGGACAGGAACAACUUCACCUUCAGGUUCCUUCCUCAGAGAACCUUCCAGUUCCUGAGCAAUCCCGACGUAGUCCUGCGCCUGCGGAAGUGGUCGAUGCAAGGAAGACUCUGCGUGCAAGCUUUCGGGUUUGACGAGAAUUUCCAGGCCUAUUGCAAAGAUGAUUUCUUUAUGGCUUUUUUUAGAGACCCAAAUGUUAUUUCAAAUUUGCAGUUACUUUCAGAUUGUUCUGGACAAUGGAUUAACUUAGGAGAAGAAGUAAAGAAAGUUGAAGCCAUACAUAUUCCCUGCACACAAAUUUCAAUGGCCUUUUUUGAUCGAUUAUACUCUGAAGAAAUUGUUCGAGAGAAUGGACAUAUUGUUAAAUGUUUGGAUAAUUUUUGUGAUCCUUUUGUUAUUUCUGAUGAGUUAAGAAAAGUUUUACUAAUGGAAGACUCAGAAAAAUAUGAGAUAUUCAGCGAAUUAGAUCGGACAGAGUUUCUUUUUUGUAUUUUUAAACAUCUUUGCCUCGGUGGAAUUCUUUGUCAAUAUGAAGAUAUACUUGACCCAUAUCUAGAAACAACAAAGACUAUCUAUAAGGACCUUGUGAGUGUUAUAAAGGAUCCUCAGACUAAGAAUAUACGUGUUUCUUCUGUUGUCUUUAAGGUUACAGCAUACGAUGAAAAUUUUAUGUGCUACCCUUCAAAAAAAAGUCACGAACAAUCAUUUGCUUACUUUAUUGUGGAUCCUUUAAAACGUCACAUUAAUGUUUUAUAUCAUUCUUUUGGUGUAGGUGAACUAUCUUUCUAACUGAUAUCCCAUGUAUAUUUACAGCUAUUCUUCUAAUUUUUGUUAUUCUUUGUAUAAAAGUUUAUGAGUUGUUUGGUAGAACUUAACUUCUGAGCAAAAUUCAGUUUAUAAUUUACUUCACAUAAAAUGCUGUGUACCUCAAAAAAAAAAAAAAGAGAAUAAAAUCCUAAUCCUUAGUGUUGGAUUACUGUUCUUCUGGAUUGCCAAGAGAGGAAUAGACUUCCAUCUUUCAUUUCCCAUUUAAUAUUACUAAUGAAUUCUGGAUUUAUUCCUGAAAAUUACUUGUAAGAAAGUCUAGUCUGUAAUUAGAUACAUACUUUAAAUCUUGUUCAAUCUUUAUUUACUCCAUAUAUUUUAUGUUAAAUAUAUUUUUAUAAAAGUAAU